AUGAGUAAUAUUGAGCCCAAUACGGAGACCUCGGGGGUCGCAGCCCGUGGGCACUCUCAGAUAUCGCAGGAAUCUCGAGAAUCCUACGACGAUGAGCUCACCCUCCCAACUAAGGAAGAAAAUUCCACACUUCGCAAAGUGGCCGAAAAUCUGCCCCUCGUUGGUUUCUCCCUUUGUUUGGUCGAGUUUGCCGAGCGCGCGUCCUACUAUGGAGCACAAACAGUCUUCUCCAACUUUAUCCAAUUCCCAUUGCCCGAAGGUGGCAAUGGAGCCGGUGCUCCUCCACGUGGAACCCAAAAGACAGCCGGAGCCCUAGGAUGGGGAUUACAAGCCAGUACUGGUCUCGUGCUACUAUUCAAAUUUUUGGCCUAUAUCGUCCCGAUCUUCGGUGGUUACUGGGCAGAUACUUAUGUCGGGCGGUAUAAGGCCAUUGUGAUUGGUGUUUUGAUCUGCGGUAUUGCUCAUAUCGUCCAGGUCGUCGGCGCGAUCCCUUCUGUUCUCCAGAAGGGCAAAGCUAAUGCGGCUCCACCGUUCGUCAUUGGCCUCUUGCUUCUUGCUUUCGGUGCCGGUCUCUUCAAGCCGAACAUCUCACCGACUGUUCUGGAUCAACACAAGUCCCAAAAACCAUAUGUCAAGACUCUCAAGUCGGGUGAGAAAGUUAUUGUCGACCCCGAGACCACCAAUAAUCGGACCAUGCUACUGUUCUACAUGUUUGUCAACCUCGGUGCCUUCUUUAUGUUGGCCACAACCUAUGCUGAAAAGUACGUUGGGUUUUGGCUUUCCUUCCUGCUAGCCGGUGCCAUUUACUUCUUGCUUCCAAUCCUCCUCUUUUCUGUCUACAAAAAGACCAAAAAGCAGCCUCCUAGUGGAAACAAGGACCUCGCGGAAGCCGCCAAAAUUAUAUGGACUGCCCUUGUACAGAGCAAAUUCCAAUUCUGGCGCAAAGACUUCUGGGAUUCAGCGAAACCCGCAAAUCUCCGCAGUAAGGGUAUCGAAGUUACCUGGACGGAUACCGCAGUAUUCAAAGUUGCGAAAACAAUGGAGGCGUGCGACAUCUUCUGGUUUUACCCAAUCUACAAUCUAAACGACGGUGGUAUCGGCUCAGUCUCCACAAACCAAGGUGCAUCGAUGAUCACAAACGGAGCACCCAACGACCUUCUCAACAACUUCAACCCACUGACAAUCAUGGUCACCAUCCCGAUCCUGACUUUUGUGAUCUACCCAUUCCUUGAGCGGCGCCGGUUGAAGCCCGGUCCCAUUACCCGAAUUACAAUUGGCUUCUCUAUUGCCACUCUAGCUGGCAUAGUCGGCGCACUGGUUCAAUGGAAAGUCUACCAGCUCUCACCAUGUGGUACUCACGCAUCGACUUGUGACAACGUCGCCGAUAUUAGUAUCUGGUGGCAGAUCCCCAAUACAGCUCUCAGCGCCAUUAGUGAAUGUUUCGCCAAUGUCACGGCGUACGAGGUGGCUUAUGCUCGGUCCCCAGAUAGUAUGAAGGGUCUGGUCGUUGCUAUUUUCCUUUUCAUGACUGCCCUAUCCAGCGCUCUUGGUGAAAUUCUCAUCCCCGCCAUUACGGACCCGUGGCUGAUCUGGAUUUGGGCUGCUCCUGCCGUCGCCCUGGCGGCUCAGACUGUUAUUUUCUGGUUCAGGUUCAAGCAUAUGAACUCUGAGAACUACUUUGCCAGUAAUGUGGAUUCUCCUCGGGUUGAGGAGCAGCAAGUCUUAUCCAAGGCGGAAGCUUGA